AUGAACAGCACCCCAAGGGAUACCCAGACCCCAAGCUACCGAGAGUGCCUCCUGCCUUCUGUGGCCCGGACCCUCUCUGUCACCCAGGUCACGCCAGCUAAGAAGAUAACUUUCCUCAAGCGAGGGGAUCCUCGGUUUUCUGGGGUUCGCCUGGCUGUCCACCAACGCACUUUCAAGAGCUUGGGCACGCUGAUGGAUGAGCUCUCCCAGCGCGUGCCCCUCUCCUUUGGGGUGCGCUCCGUCACCACGCCCCGGGGCCUGCAUGAUCUCAGCGCCCUGGAGCAGCUGGAGGAUGGUGGUCGCUACCUCUGCUCUGAUAGGAAGCCGCCCAAGACCUCCAGUGGGCCAGGCCGGCUGCGGGGGAGAAGUCCCUCUGCUCAGCAGUCCCAGGAUGUUGAAGACCAGUGUGAGGGGCCAGGAAUAUCCUCUUCCCGGAAAAAUCCUAAAACCCCAAGGAGGAUAAUGUUGGUUAAGAAUGGGGACCCUCGAUUCCAGCAGACAGUGGUCCUCAGUCACAGAGACACCAGGAGCCUGUCGGCCUUUCUCAGCAGAGCCGCGGGCCUUCUGCACUUCCCUGUGAAGCAGUUGUACACGCCCAGUGGGGAAAAGGUGGGUUCUCUGAAGGCUCUGCUGCGCAGCCCCUCGGUGCUGGUGUGUGCCGGCCAUGAGCCCUUCAGACCUCUGGAAGGUGCCAAAAGAAGUGGGACUGGAACUUUAGCGGGGCAGACUUCAAGGAACAAAAAUGGGAGCUGCGGCCCCAAGGCCAAGCCGAGCAUGACCCACUCAAGGUCCCGGCUGGGCAGCAGGCCGCAGCGGUCUUCCUUGCUGCCGGAGAGGGCUGGUCUCGGCGACCCCCUGGUGUCCCCGCAUCACACCAGGGUGGGCCCUGCUCCCGACAGGCACCCUCAGGACAUGCCUGCCCAGCUGGGUCCGUUGGUGGCCGGUGAUGGCGUGGAGAAGAAGGUGCACUUGAACGAGGACGGCAGCCUGUCUGUGGAGAUGAAAGUCCGCUUCCACCUACUUGGCAACAACAUGCUCCUGUGGUCCAGGAGGGCCGGGAGGGCCAGUGGGCAGGGCCCCGUUCCCAGGGAGGCUGACCCCCUUCACUGUGUGUGGGAGGGCCAACCUGGGGGCUCCUCGGAGCCUGGGACACAGGGGCUAGGGCCCCGAGAGGCAGGAUACACAGAAGCCUUUGAGCGAGGCCAGUGGCAGCCAGGGUCCGGAUAUGAGAUCUGGACGAACCCCCUGUACACUGCCCAGAGAGAGGGGACCGCCUCCUGGGGGAGGUCCCGGCGGGCCCAGCACUCCCCCUGCAGGGGCCCCUGGAGCCCAGGGGUGGCCGGCCGGAAAAGAAGCAGCAAGGACAGCGGCAGCCCUGCCUCCAGUGACAGAGCCCCCGAGGUCUCUGAGCCAAACUCCUGCUGCUCCCGGUCCCCAGAGGGCAGCAUGGGCAGCUGUGCCCUGCACCUGGCCUCCGGGGCUGUCCCCCAGAGAGGAUCAGGGUGGGGAGCUGGUGGCACACCCCAGGCUGCUGAGGGCCCAGGUCCAGAGGGAGCAGGGCCGGGCAGCAGGGGCCACUGCUGCCUGGAACCCAGGACCCAAGGAGUGGCAGGUGCUUUUUCUGAUGCCUCAGCGAGUGCCGGGGCUCAGGAGGAGUCCAGUGAAAGGGGAGAGCGGCACCAGGGCCACGCCAGCAAGACCAGGCCGGUGACUUCCCCACGGAAGGCCACCCCUGGGGCAGGACCCUGUUCCUCUACUGCGAAUCCCUCGUCUUUGAGGAACGAGGACCCACGGGCAGAGGGGAGUGAACAGGACAUUGGACCCCCGCAGCCCAAGAAUGGGUCUGGGAGGAGAUCGUCCCUGGCUUCGGGCCGUUUGGGCUCUGGGGACACUGCAGAAGGCUGCUCCCCGGCCUCCACCUGCACCUCAGCCACAGGCAGGAGAAGAAAGCAGGCGAGCAGAGCCAGUGCCGUGUCCUCACCCAGCAUUUCUGGCCUUGGCCGAGGGGCCCAGGGAGGCCGCCCCAGGCAGCACCACAGCCAGAGGCUCACACACUGUCGGCUCGAUUCCCCUGUGUCCAGGCCAAUGCUGGGGCCCCCCAGCACAGGCAGGCUCUGCCCAGCCUGCCCAGCACCACGCUUUUCUGGAAGCUCCUCUAGCGCCAGGAACCCGGCCUCCCGGGACCCAGGGCCACCCUCCUUGGCCUCUCCUAACUCCCGGGACGCACGAGGGGUCAGCAGUGUCCCCGUUACUCCUGUGAGCAGUUCAGACUGUGCUUCCAAUUUCUACCCCCCAUGCUCUCCCUCUGCCGAGACCGAGUUCAGGUCACACUCACUCUCCACCACAUCUGACCCUCUCAGCUCCCCAGGAGGUGGCCUGGGAGGAAAGGCAGGGGGCGUCCCCAAGGCUUCCCGGCCCUUGAGCCUGCCAGUUGGACAGCAUAAGGGGGGCAAGCCAGGAGCCCACCAAGGGGGCUGCGGCUCACAGAUGGGCACAUCCGGGGCCUGCAGGGCCCCCGGUGGAGAGACGCAGGCCUUGCUGGCCCCCCAGCCUCAGGGCAGCCAGGGGCCCCUCCCUGAGGCCUGCUUGGUGUGCAGGGGGUACAGUCCCACUCCGCCCAGGGCACGGCCCCCUGUCAGGAAACACGCUUCGUGCAGCAGCAACGGAGACCACGGUGCUCCCUGGGGGCCAGGGGGCGCCGAGCAGGGGGAGGAACCGCUAGACGUGCAGCGCCCAGGCCCCCCCGGAUCUCAGUCAGGGGGCACGGGGACAGCAGUCAGAGCAGCGAGAAGGGGCAGCCCCAGCCUAGGUCCCCGGCCUGGGAGAAGGUUCCAGGCUCAGGUCGCUGGUGGAGGGGAAGGCCUGGAAGAGCAAGAGGACAGUGGUCGCGUGACGCCGGGUGCUCUGCCCCGGGCCUCGCCAGAAGCCGUGGUCCGUGGAUGGCUGAGCAACAUCCCGGAGGAGCCCGUGCCCUUGAGCUAUGAGAUGGGGGAUGACAGCAUGGAGGCGGCUGGGGAUGGCCCGGAAGGCCCCACGGAGGGCCCUGUUGACACACAUCCCCCAGAAGGCCUGGAGGAGCCCAUUCAGGCUAGACGACCGUCCCUGGAAGGGGCCGCCAGCAAGAAGGCAGACCCAGAGGGAGCCCUCCUGGUGACUGGUGAGGCUGGUCCCCAGCCAGGAGAGGGUCUUCCUCCCAGCAGGGCCGCGGAAGCCCCCGAGGAGGCUGCAGCAGGUGAAGGGGCCACUGGGGACCGUGGAGGGGGCCAGUGUGUGCUUCCCCGCAGGGUCUCUGUCUCCAUACAGAUCAUGAAGGCGCUGAUGGGCUCCAAGCAGGGCCGGCCCAGCAGCCUGCCCGAAGUGUCCGGCCCGGAGGGCAGGAGGCUCAGCCACUCUGCCCGGGCCCUCAUCACCUGCCUCGCCAGGCUCCACUUCUUCAAUGAAGACCGUGGGUCUCCCGCCGGCAAGGCAAGGUUCACAGGCUCCUCUCGGUACCAGGAGCUCCUGAGCACCUUGCAGGCCUCGUGGCCAGGGUGUGGCCUCGGGCGGGGCGAGCCGGACUCCGGCUCCCAGGGGUGCAGCAGGAGCCAGGCUCUGUCAAGCCUCGGGCCCCACGCUGUGACUGAGGACUUCACACCAACGUCCUCAUCCGGCGUGGAUGUCGGGAGUGGUUCCGGAGGUUCGGGGGAGGGCAGCGGACCCUGUGCCGUGGACUGUGCCCUGGUCUCUGAAAGGGGAGAGCUGCCCUCGGAAGUCCCCUACCAGAGGCCUGAUUCCAGAACCUCAGAGAACCCAGAGGACCCGGGAAAUCAUGAGUCAGUUGGUUCCAUGGCCUCUUCAAGUCCCCAAGCAUGGGCUGGUGCCACCAGGAGGGACGAGGCAGGAGGAAGCAGCGGGGAGCAGGCGCAGGGCAGGGACCUGGACCAAAUAGUUGAAAACAGGAUGCAAGGAGAGGCGGUGCAGUUAGAGAAAACGCAAGAAGGAAAAGAAAGAGCAGAACCGCACGGAGAGGGUGUCCGUGGAUUUCCAGAAGAAGAGAGGACCACCGGGCAAGACUUAGAAGGGGCUGGCUCUCGGGGUGGGGCAAGUGCCCGGGAAGACGAGAGCGUGCAGGGAGAGGAAGCAGGAGGGGAGCCUGCCUCCGCCACGCUGCACCCUGCAGGGAGGGGAGAGAGGACCCUUGGCAGCCUCACCGAGAGAGACUCAAAUGCCAGCGGGAGCCAAAGCAGUCCCAGUGCUGAGCCUGGUUUGGAGACGCUGCCCAGAGCAGCUGACUCAGACCAUGAGCAAACCCAGGCCAAGUUCACCCAGGGGGCUGCGGAGAAGGGCACUUCUGUGGCUCACAGAGUGUCUCCGGACCCCGACCCGCUCUGGGUGUCCAGGCUGCUGAGGAAGAUGGAGAAGGCCUUCUUGGCCCACCUGGCCAGCGCCACGGCUGAGCUCCGAGCCCGCUGGAGCCUGCAGAACAACGACCUGCUGGACCAGAUGGAGGCUGAGCUGCAGCAGGACGUGAGCCAGCGGCUCCAGAGCAGUACCACAAAGGAGCUCCGAAAGAUCCAGAGCCGGGCGGGGAGGAAGGCGCCGGGGCCUCCCCGGGUAGCCCUCAGGUGGGAGACGUCCCUGCAGACAGAGCAGCGCAGGAGUCGCCUCCAGGGCCUGCGCAACCUCUCCGCCUUCUCUGAGCAGACCCGGGCUCCGGGCACCCCCUCGCUCUCCCUGGAUGAUGUGCCAAACCUCAGUGGAGCCCUGGAGACCCGGCUGGGUGGGGAGGCCGGCGGGGAGGAGUUCUGUCCCUGCCAGGCCUGCGUGAAGAAGAAAGUGACCCCUGUGUCCCCAAAGGACUCAAUGGGCGUAGCCAGGGCACCCAUCAAAGAGGCCUUUGACCUGCAGCAAAUUCUGCAGAAGAAAAAAGCAGGAUGUGCUAAUGGGGAGACAGCAGGCACGGCUCCUGAGAAGACCAGGAUGGAGCCGCUUCAGAGAGACCCCUCGGAGACAGGGACUGUCCAGGGAGCUGAUGGAGGCCUGGAGCUGGGGUUAGGCCGGGGCCCUGGGACAGAGGAGGGGGAUGAGGAUGUGGGCAGAGGUGAAGGUGCAGGAGGAGGAGAGGAGGAUGAGGCCGCUCAGAAGAGAGGAGGGAACACAGACCCCAGUGGAGGCCACCCCUCGGAGGCAGUGGGGUGGGAGGGGCAGGGCGUGGGUGACCAGGGAGAGAACAGAGAGCGGGGCUCUGGGGCGGAGGUCAGUGUGCAGAGCAAAGCCUGGGGAGGCGCUGACCGAAGUCCAGGAGGACAGAAUGACACCAGAGAGGUCCAGGACAUGGAAGGAGAGGGCCAGCCUGAGUCGGGAAGAGGAAAUCCAGGCGAGAAGGAAGUGGGUCCACAGGCUGGCCCCAGGCAAGGCCAGUCGGGUGAGGCUUCUGGAAACAGCAGCCCAGACAAAGAUGGGGGGCCCACACCACCCCCUGCCUCAGGUGGAGACACCCCAGGCCACAGGUCAGGCCGGAAAACAGGCCUCUCCUCAUCCAGCACAUCAUCUCUGGGAAACUGCUCGCAGCUCUCCCAGAAGGGCUCCGAGGAGGGGCCUUCAAAUGGAGACAUGAGCACGUUUGGAGAUGAGCCCAAGGGAGUCCCCAGCCCCGAGAGAAACGGCACAGGCGUGUCUCCAAAAAGCUUCACUUCUGCGCGAGAAGGGCCCUCCUUGGGCUCCGGGACUCCAGAGCGAGGGACAGACGACGGCCUGACUCCAGAGCCCAGAGCAGCCCAAGGCUCCGACUUAGGAGCUGAGACGAGAGUUACAAGUCUCUCUGGGACAGAAAUGAGGUCUGGCAACCUCGCCAGGGGCGGGACCUAUGGCUUUGGCCAGGACGACUUAGAUUUCUAG